CAUUCAGGGGCACAUAUCCUGUCUCAAAUUCCGACUCUGGGCUCCUCGACGCCAAGGCACUCCAAUUGUUGCAAGCCCCGACUCUGGAGUGCACACCAGGACUUGGUUUGGAUCCAGGUCUCUCCGCUCAGCCUGGGUCCAUAGGGUGAACAGAGAGUCAGAGAGAGUGAGAGGUAACACGGAGGUACUACGAUUGGAGGGAUAGCCAGGCCAACCAAUGGGAUCAGGCAAACUGGCCCAGGUGCUGCUGGGAUGGGCGGCCAUGUGUCUUGCGGUGGUUCAUGUGGCCUUGGGUGAAACUGGAAAUGGACCGUACCAAGCAAGCCGCUUCACUGGUACCGUGGACCAGAGAGAGGUGCAGCGGGUUCGACGCCGUGGCCAGGAGACACUGAGAGGGCCCAAUGUGUGUGGCUCUCGCUUCCAUUCAUACUGCUGUCCAGGCUGGAAGACUCUGCCGGGAGGGAACCAGUGUAUUGUUCCUAUUUGCAGGAAUUCAUGUGGCGAUGGCUUCUGUUCCAGACCCAACAUGUGUACCUGUUCAAAUGGCCAGCUCUCUCCCAGCUGUGGAGCAGGAGGAGGAGUUCAUUCCUGCAACGUCAGGUGUAUGAAUGGAGGCAGCUGCUCAGAGGACUCUUGCUCCUGCACCAAGGGCUACACAGGCAGCCACUGUGGACAGCCUGUGUGUGAGAAUGGCUGCCAGAACGGUGGGCGCUGCAUCGGGCCCAACAGAUGUGCAUGUGUCUACGGUUUCACUGGCCCGCAGUGCGAGAGAGACUACAGGACUGGGCCGUGUUUCACCCAAGUGAACAACCAGAUGUGCCAGGGCCAGCUCAGUGGAAUCGUCUGCACCAAAACCCUCUGCUGCGCCACCAUUGGACGAGCGUGGGGCCACCCUUGCGAGCAGUGCCCCGCCCAGCCACACCCCUGCAGGCGAGGCUUCAUUCCCAACAUCCGUACCGGAGCAUGCCAAGAUGUGGACGAGUGUCAGGCGGUGCCAGGCCUUUGUGCCGGAGGUAACUGCAUCAACACCGUGGGAUCCUACGAGUGUAAAUGUCCCGCCGGCCACCGACAGAGUGAAAUCAACCACAAAUGUGAAGACAUUGAUGAAUGCAGCACCAUCCCUGGUGUGUGUGAUGGAGGAGAAUGCACGAACACCGCUGGUAGCUACGUCUGCACCUGCCCACGAGGCUACGUCUCCAGCACAGAUGGCUCCAGAUGUGUGGAUCAGCGUGUAGGCACCUGUUUCUCCGCUCUGGCUAAUGGCCGCUGUGCUGCCGAGCAGAGCGGUCAGUACACCAAGAUGCAGUGUUGCUGUGACACAGGACGCUGCUGGGCUUUGGGACAAAUCCCUGAGAUGUGUCCUGUCAGAGGUUCUGACGAGUUCAGGCGUCUGUGUAUUGUGGGUGUUCCACAAGGACUCCCUCAUGUCUACCCCAACGGACACUUCCCCAACAGCAACGGAAACGGGUUCAACUAUGGAUUCAAGUUUCCCAGCGUCCCUAAUGGUAACGGUAACGGAGGCAUCGGUGGCAAUGGUGGAGGAGGCUUUGGAGGGAAUGGUGGCAGCUUUGGAGGGAACGGUGGGAGCUUUGGGGGAAACGGAGGAAGCUUCGGAGGCAAUGGAGGAGGACUUAUGAACCACCAUAUAGGCACUGUUUCUGUGAACGACUCCAUCGACGUGUGCAAACAUUUCACCAACCUGUGUCUGAAUGGAAGAUGCAUUCCCACGCCCACGAGCUACCGCUGCGAGUGCAACAUGGGCUACAGACAGGACGUCCGUGGGGAGUGUAUCGAUGUGGAUGAGUGUGUGAGUAACCCGUGUAUCAAUGGAGACUGUGUCAACAUACCUGGAGGCUACCACUGCAAGUGCCAUGAGGGCUACCAGGGAACCCCUACCAAACAAGCCUGCAAUGAUAUUGACGAGUGUAUUGUCAAUGGAGUGAUGUGUCGCAAUGGCCGUUGUGUCAACACAGAGGGAAGCUUUCAGUGUAUCUGUAACGCUGGCUUCGAGCUCACCUCUGAUGGAAAGAACUGCAUUGAUCACGAUGAGUGUGCCACCACCAACAUGUGUCUCAAUGGCAUGUGUAUCAAUGAGGACGGCAGCUUCAAGUGUAUCUGCAAGCCUGGCUUUGCUUUAGCUCCUAAUGGACGCUACUGCACUGACAUCGAUGAGUGUCAGACUCCAGGCAUUUGUAUGAACGGCCGCUGCAUCAACACCGAGGGCUCCUUCCGCUGUGAGUGCCCUCCAGGCCUGGCUAUCGGUGUUGAUGGGAGAGUGUGUGUGGACACUCACAUGAGGACCACCUGCUAUGGUGCCAUAAAGAUGGGUACAUGCUCGCGGCCGUUCCCUGGUGCAGUGACAAAGUCAGAGUGCUGCUGUGCCAAUCCUGAACAUGGCUUUGGAGAGCCGUGCCAACCCUGCCCCUCCAGAAACUCAGCUGAGUUCCAGGCUGUAUGCAGCAGUGGUAUUGGUAUUACAGCUGAUGGCAGAGACAUCAAUGAGUGUGCCCUGGACCCGGACAUUUGUCACAACGGCAUAUGUGAGAACCUGAGAGGAAGUUAUCGCUGCAUCUGUAACAUCGGAUAUGAGUCUGACACCAGUGGCAAGAACUGUGUUGACAUCAAUGAGUGUCUGGUGAACCGCCUGCUAUGUGACAACGGUCUGUGCAGAAACACUCCCGGUUCCUACACCUGCUCCUGUCCCAAAGGAUAUGUCUUCAAACCCGAAUCAGAGACCUGCGAAGAUAUCAACGAAUGCGAUUCCAGCCCGUGCAUCAAUGGAGCGUGUCGCAACGUGGUCGGGUCCUUCAACUGCGAGUGCACCCACGGCAGCAAGCUGGACUCCACCAACACCAUCUGCGUGGAUAGUAUGAAGAGUACGUGCUGGCUGACGAAACAAGAUAACCGCUGUGAGGUCAACAUCAACGGAGCCACACUGAAGUCAGAGUGCUGCUCCACACUGGGAGCCGCCUGGGGCAGCCCCUGUGAACCCUGCGAGAUCGACACCGCCUGCUCUCGAGGGUUUGCUCGCAUGAAGGGCCUCAUUUGUGAAGACAUUAAUGAGUGCGAGGUGUUCCCUGGAGUGUGCACAAAUGGCCACUGUGUGAACACGCAGGGCUCGUUCCGCUGCGAUUGUGCCGAGGGUCUCACCUUGGACAGCACUGGACGCACGUGUGUAGAUACACGUAGUGAGCAGUGCUACAUGAAGUGGCAAGAGGAUGAGUGUGGCGAGCCGCUGCCAGGGAGAUACCGCGUGGACAUGUGCUGCUGUUCAGUGGGUGCUGCCUGGGGUAUCGACUGUGAGGAGUGUCCCAAACCAUCCACACCCGAAUACAAUGCCAUCUGUCCCAGAGGGACUGGCUUCGCCAACAGAGGCGAAAUUCUGACUGGCAGGCCGUUUUACAAAGAUGUAAAUGAGUGUAAGGUGUUCCAGGGUCUGUGCACUCAUGGAACCUGCCGCAACACCAUCGGAAGUUUCAAGUGUCGCUGCAACAGCGGCUUUGCUCUGAACGCAGAAGAGAGGAACUGCACAGACAUUGACGAGUGCCACAUCUCACCGGACUUGUGUGGUCAUGGCGCCUGCGUCAACACACCAGGCAGCUUUGAGUGUGAAUGUUUCGAGGGCUACGAGAGCGGCUUCAUGAUGAUGAAGAACUGCAUGGACAUUGACGAGUGUGAGAGAAACCCCCUGUUGUGUCGUGGAGGAACCUGCCUGAACACAGAAGGGAGUUAUGAGUGUGAAUGUCCCACCGGACACUCGCUCAGCAACGAUGGAUCUGCCUGUGAAGAUGUGAAUGAGUGCCAGCUGAGUGACAACUUGUGCAAAAAUGGCCAGUGUGUCAACAUGCCAGGAACCUACCAGUGCUCUUGUGACACUGGUUACCAGGCCACACCAGACCGACAGGGCUGCGUUGAUAUUGAUGAAUGCACCAUUAUGAACGGAGGCUGUGAAACCCACUGUACUAACUCAGAGGGCAGCUAUGAGUGCAGCUGCAGUGAGGGUUACGCUCUCAUGCCCGACCUCAGGACCUGUGCAGAUAUUGAUGAGUGUGAGGAGACUCCAGACAUCUGUGAUGGAGGCCAGUGCACCAAUAUUCCCGGGGAAUACCGCUGUCUGUGUUACGAUGGCUUUAUGGCCUCUAUGGACAUGAGGACGUGUAUCGAUGUGAACGAGUGUGACUUGAACCCAAACAUCUGUCUCCACGGCGACUGUGAGAACACCAAAGGCUCCUUCAUCUGCCACUGUCAGCUGGGAUACUUUGUCAAGAAGGGAUCCACGGGCUGCACAGAUGUGGAUGAGUGUGAGAUUGGGGCUCACAACUGCGACAUGCAUGCGGCCUGUAUCAAUGUGCCUGGAAGCUUUAAAUGUCGCUGUCGAGACGGCUGGGUGGGAGACGGCAUCAAGUGUGUAGAUCAGGAUGAGUGCUCUGCAGAGGACCACAACUGCAACCCCAAUGCAGACUGUGUCAACACACCGGGAUCCUACAGGUGUACAUGCAAGGAGGGCUUCAACGGAGACGGCUUUUCCUGCUCUGACAUGGAUGAGUGUGCAGACAAUGUGAAUCUGUGUGAGAACGGCCAGUGUCUGAAUGCUCCAGGUGGCUACCGCUGCGAGUGCGAGAUGGGCUUCACUCCUACAGAAGACAGCAAGGCCUGUCAAGACAUUGAUGAGUGUAAUUUCCAGAACAUCUGCGUGUUUGGAACGUGCCAGAACCUUCCAGGGAUGUUCCGUUGCGUGUGUGAUGAUGGUUACGAGCUGGACCGCAGUGGAGGAAACUGCACUGACAUCAACGAGUGUGCAGACCCUGUGAACUGCAUCAACGGGCUGUGUGUGAACACACCAGGGAGCUACCUGUGUAACUGCCCCGCUGACUUUGAGCUCAACCCCACCGGAGUCGGCUGCGUGGAUACCCGUGUUGGCAACUGCUUCCUGGACAUCCUUGCACGUGGUGAUGGAGGAAUCUCCUGCAGCGCGGAGAUCGGAGUGGGCGUGACCCGUGCUUCCUGUUGCUGCUCCCUGGGAGGAGCCUGGGGAAACCCCUGUGAACUGUGCCCCACCCCCAACUCCACGGAGUAUAAGACUCUCUGUCCAGGAGGAGAGGGAUUCAGGCCCAACCCCAUCACUGUUAUCUUGGAAGAUAUUGAUGAGUGUCAGGAGCUGCCGGGUCUCUGCCAGGGUGGAAACUGUGUCAACACCUUUGGUAGCUUCCAGUGUGAGUGUCCAGCAGGCUAUUAUCUCAAUGAGGAGACUCGCAUCUGUGAGGAUAUUGAUGAGUGCACGACCCAUAUCGGGAUCUGUGGACCUGGUACCUGCUACAACACUUUGGGCAACUACACCUGUGUGUGUCCCCCUGAGUACAUGCAAGUCAAUGGAGGAAACAACUGCAUGGACAUGAGGAAGAGUGUUUGUUAUCGCAACUUCAACGACACGUGCGAGAACGAGCUGUCCUUCAACAUGACCAAGAAGAUGUGCUGCUGCGCCUACAACGUGGGCAAAGCCUGGAACAAGCCGUGUGAGGCCUGUCCAACUCCUGCAACCAACGAGUACCAGAUACUGUGUGGUAACCAGGCUCCCGGAUUCAUCAUUGACAUCCACACCGGCAAGCCAAUCGAUAUCGAUGAGUGCAGGGAGAUCCCUGGAAUCUGUGCCAAUGGAGUGUGUAUCAACCAGAUCGGCAGCUUCCGCUGUGAAUGUCCAAUGGGCUUCAGCUAUAACAACAUACUGCUGAUUUGUGAAGAUAUUGAUGAGUGUAACAGCGGGGACAACCUGUGCCAACGCAACGCCAACUGUAUCAACAUUCCAGGCAGCUACCGCUGCGAGUGCUCGCCAGGCUUCAAACUGUCCCCCAGUGGGGCCUGUGUGGACCGUAAUGAGUGCCAGGAGAUUCCUAAUGUGUGCAGCCAUGGAGAGUGCAUCGACACGCAGGGAAGCUAUCGCUGUCUCUGCCACAACGGCUUCAAGGCAACUGCUGACCAAACCAUGUGCAUGGACAUCGAUGAGUGUGACAGACAGCCGUGUGGUAACGGUACCUGUAAAAACACGGUGGGAUCCUAUAACUGCCUCUGCUUCCCCGGCUUCGAGCUCACGCACAACAACGACUGCAUGGAUAUAGAUGAGUGCAGCGCUCUACAAGGCCAGGUGUGCAGGAACGGACAGUGUAUCAAUGCACUCGGUUCCUUCCAGUGUCUCUGCCAUGAGGGUUACGAGACUACUCAAGAUGGGAAAAACUGCGUCGAUAUCAAUGAGUGUGCGAGUCUGCCCGGCACUUGCUCUCCAGGAACUUGUCAGAAUCUGGAUGGAUCUUUCAGAUGUAUCUGCCCUCCUGGCUAUGAGGUGCAGAACGACCAGUGCAUAGAUAUCAACGAGUGUGAGGUGGAGCCCAACAUCUGCCAGUUUGGCACCUGCACCAACACCCCCGGCAGUUUCCAGUGCACCUGCCAGCCAGGCUUCGUACUGUCUGACAACAAACGCCGCUGCUACGACACCAGAGAAAGCUUCUGUUUCACCAAAUUCGAGGCAGGAAAAUGCUCAGUCCCUAAAGCUUUAAACACCACCAAGGCCAAAUGCUGCUGCAGCAAAAUGCCUGGAGAGGGCUGGGGACUCCCCUGUGAGCUGUGUCCACGAGAGACCGAAGCUGCUUUUGACACCCUGUGUCCCUUCGGCCACGGAGCCUAUCCUGGAAAAGGUGAUGCUCGUGAAGAUACGAAUGAGUGUCUGGAUAACCCAGGAAUCUGCCAGAACGGUAUCUGCAUCAACACAGAUGGUUCGUUCCGCUGUGAAUGCCCCUUUGGAUACAACUUGGAUUACACCGGAGUCAACUGCAUUGACACUGAUGAGUGCUCUAUAGGAAACCCAUGUGGAAAUGGAACCUGCACCAAUGUGGUGGGAGGUUUUGAGUGUUCAUGCCAGGAAGGCUUCGAACCCGGACCCAUGAUGACCUGCGAAGACAUCAACGAGUGCUCCCAGAAUCCUCUGCUGUGUGCCUUCCGCUGUGUGAACACGUUUGGCUCCUAUGAGUGUAUGUGUCCUGCUGGCUAUGUGCUGCGAGACGACCAACGCAUGUGCAGAGACCAGGACGAGUGCUCCGAGGGUCUGGACGACUGUGACUCCAAGGGUAUGACCUGUAAGAACCUGAUCGGUACCUUCAUGUGUAUCUGCCCUCCUGGCAUGCAGCGCAGACCCGAUGGAGAGGGAUGUAUGGACCUCAACGAGUGUCGCGCCAAGCCUGGCAUCUGUAAAAACGGACGCUGCGUCAACACAGUGGGAAGCUACCGCUGCGAGUGCAAUGACGGCUUUGAGCCCAGCUCCACUGGAACCGAAUGUAUUGACAACCGAAAGGGCUACUGUUACACCGAGGUUCUGCAGACGAUGUGCCAGCAGACCUCCACCAACAGGAACAGCGUGACCAAGUCUGAGUGCUGCUGCAACACGGGCCGAGGCUGGGGGUCACAGUGUGAGCUCUGCCCGCUGCCUGGCACCGUACAGUACAAGAAGAUGUGCCCACUCGGACCGGGAUACACCACAGACGGUAGAGACAUCAACGAGUGCCAGGUGAUGCCAGAUCUGUGUCAGAACGGUCAAUGCAUCAACACCAUCGGAUCCUUCCGCUGUCACUGUAACGUGGGCUACAAAACCGACUACACUGCAACCUCCUGUGUUGAUAUGGAUGAGUGCGCUCUGUCUCCAAAACCCUGCAACUUCCUGUGCAAAAACACAGAGGGCAGCUACCUCUGCUCGUGCCCCAGAGGAUACAGCCUGCAGCCAGAUGGAAAGACUUGCAAAGAUCUGGAUGAAUGUUCGACCAAACAGCAUAACUGCCAGUUCCUCUGUGUCAACACCAUCGGAGGCUUUACCUGCAAGUGUCCUCCCGGCUUCACCCAGCACCAGACUGCCUGCAUCGACAACAAUGAGUGCUCCGCUCAGAACAGCGUGUGUGGUGUCCGGGCCGCUUGUGUCAACACGCCUGGUAGCUUUAACUGUGAAUGCUCCAAGGGUUUCUCUUUGGACAGCACAGGCUUGGAGUGUGAAGAUGUGGAUGAGUGUGGCAGUAACCACCGCUGUCAGCACGGCUGUCAAAACAUGAUGGGAGGUUUCCGCUGUGGCUGUCCUCAGGGCUACGUGCAGCACUACCAGUGGAACCAGUGUGUGGAUGAAAACGAGUGUCAGGGAGGAUCAGUGUGUGGCUCUGCUUCCUGCUACAACACCCUGGGCAGCUUCAAGUGUGUGUGUCCCUCCGGCUUCGACUUUGAGCAGACUGCUGGUGGCUGCCAAGAUGUGAACGAAUGUACCACGGGCAGUAACCCCUGUAUCUACGGCUGCUCCAAUACAGACGGAGGCUACCUGUGUGGCUGUCCUGGAGGUUUCUACAGAGCCGGGCAGGGUCACUGUAUGACAGGCUCAGGUUUCCCAGGCCAGUUUUUGGAGGGUGAUGACGAUGACAGUCUGUCUCCUGAGGCCUGCUACGAGUGUAAGAUUAACGGAGGAGGAAAGAGCGCACGACACAAACGCAACGCUGAUGAAAAUGACAUCGACCAGGAGCCAGCAGUGAGCAUGGCCAGCAUAGACACCCUGAACUCCAUCCCUAUGAAUAUUUCUCGGUCCUCGCUGCUGAACAAGGAGCCUCUCCUGGAGCUCCUGCCUGCCCUGCAGCCCUUGGAGCACCAUGUGCGCUAUGUCAUCACCCACGGGAAUGCUAAUGAGCAUUUCCGCCUGCUGGAACGACGCGACGGAAAGACUGUGCUCCGGCUUGGCAAGAGGCCGCCCCCAGCGGGAUCCUACCGACUAGAGAUCGCCAGCCUGCGACUGUUUGGACCCCGAAGACUACACCAGCUGGAGGAUCUGCACGACAGUGACUACCUACAAGGGGAGAUAGGCGAUGCCCUGCGCAUCAAGCUCCACAUCCACCUGCACUGAGCUCAGAGUGCGCUCACAAUCCUGUCCUGGACUGACUCCUAAAGCCUUCGAGUUUUACCUUUUAUCCAAUAACUCCUCCAGCUCCCCCCUGCAGGACCAUCCCCACUAACAGGGGUGAUCGAGGGCUACAAAAGACUGAGUCAAUCAGCCCAACUCUGCCACCACUUUGUUACUGUUAUGUUAUUAUAUGUUCAUGUUUUGUGUUUUUUUUUUUUUUUUUUUUUUACCCUGACUACACUUCCCCUUGUACCCGACCCAGCACUCAUUCUCCACUGAGAGAGCCAGCGGAGGAGAUGGCAGAGAGGUGCCCUGGUGCUCGGACCAUAGACCCCAGAUAAAGACCAGAUGGCAGACAGAUGGUUCACAAGUCCAUGAAGCACUUCUGUAGAUGAGCAAAACCAAAAAAAAACCCAGAAAUGAUGUGCUGAGAGUGGCCAAAACUGUCUUAAUGCAACAUGUGUGGUAAUAUUUAAAUCACAUACAGGAGCUAAAGUGAUGUCUUUUUGAGUAGUGUUCAGAAGAAGUGAGCUGAAUAUAAGUGUGACGUCAUUGUGGUCCUAGGACUUUCUCACCUCUCUGUGAUCUUAAAAAAAUCACAACACUGGGGAACAAGGUUGGUCCUGUCCACCCCUUUCAGUAUUGUAGUGUGUCAUUUAAUGUGUUUGUGCUGUUUGAAAAAUGUUAACACGAAGGACUGCAACAUUUAGACAGCAUUUCAGGUUCUUAUAGCCCAUAGCGGUCUGUUUUAGAGCUGGGUGACAUCCAAUUUGCAGACAAGAACUCGGCAAGCUGUGCUCUACUCUGAUGUAACUGACUUUUGUCCUGCCUGCGGGCAGUGGCGAGCAGGGAUUAGCGUGUUUGCGUGUGUGUGCUGUCAUGUUUGGUUACCUCAGUACUUUCACCGAGUAUGGACACCAUGCUGUGAUGCUGACUUUGAUACAAAAAAAGGGUGCUAGUGUCGCUCAGCAUCAAUCAUGAGCAGGGAAUACACCAGCUAGUAGCUCAUAGACUUAAAAGAAGAUAGAUCAGGUCAUGUUUGUAUGUAUCCUUUUAGGGAUUAAGACUUCAGGUGCACUGAUUCUGGAGCUGAGAGCUUUUUCAUUAAGUCCAAAGUCUUUUUCCCUUGUCGGCUGUCAGAAGCAUGUUGCUCCCCCUGCUUCUGCAUUUUUCCAAAUAAAUCCUUAACAAAAAUGCUACAAGAGAGUAGAGCUGCAGCUGACAGCCGGCGUCGGGAGGCUAAACUUGACUAUGACUGUAUCUGACUUCUUUGACUUUACCGUAAGCCUGAUGUCUGAGGUCUGACGCCUCGUUUACAACACAGAAACCAACAGCUGACUCCAGUAGCAGUCUCAAAGGUACAUGACGUGAAGCUGUAACUAAAGACAGUGCUUUAAAGUGUAAGGACACGCACAGGUGAACACGAAACCUCACAAAAAAAAACAAGUAUCCGUCAGGUAUCAUCUUUAAUUUCUCAUGAUUUUUUUUUCUCUCAAAGAGAAAAAAGGUGCUAGAUAAAACCAUCUCUUAACGCUGUACAAAGAAAGUGCAGUCUUGAAUCUGGAUUGCAAAAAUGACUUUUUUUUUUUUUUUUUUGCUAGGAUUUAUUGUUGUGUAUGUCUGUCUUUUGUAUUGUCUCAGUGCUGAAAAAAACAAUAUUAUCAAACUUGCUUCUUGAAAAUUAAAUUGUAUAUUUUUAAGUGAAAUGUAGAUUUUUUUUUUUUUUUUUUUUGUUUAAAUGUCAAGGCUGCCAAAACAAAUACUCACAGUAAACCCAAGAUUGAAGGCCUUUAAGUGCUGUUGACUUUGUUUUGUUGAGAAAAAAAGCAGCAAAUCCAACAAAAAGCAAGCAUUGUGUUGUAUUUGUUGAUCACUGACUGUAUUAUUGGAAACCACUGUUGCCAGUCAAAUCAGCCAUCAGCAAAAAGAAAUCAAAUCAUAAAGAUAAUUAACAUUCCCAUCAUUGAUUAUCUCAUACAAGCUUACACUGUCUGUACAAUGCCAUACGUAUCAAUGACCAUCUGCAGCUACAAUCUAUGGUGCUAAACGAUAAACUUUUUCUCCUAACAGUCAAGGUUGCUGCACUGUCCCACAGCCUAAUCAUUGUUUAUAACACAUAACCAUUUUCUAACCUGGGAACCUUUGUAUACUUUGUAUCUUUAUUGUCAGUUUUUCUUUUUUUGCCACUAUGUUUUUAAAAAUUGCAGUGUGUUGCGUAUGCUUACUGUAUCUCAGCUUCAGUGUCAAACUUGAAACAAUACUGUCAUCAUCAUCUGCUUGCAUUGAAACGUGUGCCUUUUGAUACCAAAGUCCAGCUGAAAGCUGACAUGACAAUUAUCCAGUUACACCACAUCUACCAGCUGACGAUCAAUAAAUCAAUCAGCCAUCCUGGAACAUCUUUUGAAUGAUCAUCAUUUUGGUGCAAAGACAAAAACCAAAGAUUUAUAACACCAAAUGGCAGUCUGUAAAAUUAGAGUGAUUCACAUAAUAUUGUAAACUUGUGUCCAGUGAUUUUAACGGCAAUAAAGUAUUGUGGGUUAUAUUUUUAA